AUGUAGAGUUGAUUCAGAGGAAGCUCUCUACAUUUUUUUAAUUUUUUUAUCCAAUAUUGAAUACUCAUAUUAAAGCUCCAUUAAUCAGAAUUUAGAGGCCGGAAGGACUGGCUAGAAAAUUCUACAAUCUGAUAGAACUUACCCCAACAACCUUAAGACCAUAUAUUAUAUAUAGUAAAGAAACAUAUAUUUGUCUCAUCAAUUUCAGCAUCAACUACAUACUCAGAAUACACAAAACCUCCUCCUUUUAUCUUUCUCAAAAAAUGGGAGAUGAAGUAGUAUUGCUUGACUUCUGGCCUAGUCCCUUUGGUAUGAGGGUGAGAAUUGCCCUUAAAGAAAAGGGCAUAGACUAUGAAUACAAGGAAGAAAAUUUGAGCAACAAGAGCCCAUUGCUUCUGAAAAUGAACCCUAUUCAUAAACAAAUACCAGUUUUGAUUCACAAUGGAAAGCCUGUUUGUGAAUCCCUCAUCAUUGUUCACUACAUUGAUGAAGUUUGGAAGGACAAAACUCCUCUUUUGCCUUCUCAUCCUUAUGAAAGAGCCCAUGCAAGAUUUUGGGCUGACUAUGUUGACAAAAAGAUAUAUAGUACAGGAAGAUUGGUAUGGGGAGCAAAAGGUGAAGUUCAAGAGGCAGCCAAAAAGGAACUAAUACAGUGCUUUAAGCUAUUGGAAAGAGAAGUAGGUGACAAGAAUUUCUUUGGAGGAGAUCAAUUUGGUUUAGUGGACAUUGCUCUUAUACCUUUCUAUAGUUGGUUUUAUGCCUUAGAAACUUGUGGAAAUUUUAGCAUGAUUCAUGAAUGUCCUAAACUUGUGGAAUGGGCUAAAAGAUGCAUGAAGAGAGAAAGUGUUUCAACUUCUUUACCUGAUCAGUACAAAGUUUAUGACUUCAUUUUGGAGUUGAAGAAGAAACUUGAGCUUGAUUAAGAUCACAUGUCAAUAGGGGUGGAGCUACACUUUUGCUUAUGUGGUUCGACAGAAUUUAAUAAUUUUAAUCCUUGGUCAAUCCUCAAUAAACAACUACUUCAUAGCGAAGUAAAGUCUUUGACUCAAUCGCUUGAACACUUGAUCUUUUCUACCUUUAAUAGAAGAAUAAGAGCCUAAUCGUGUAUUUGUAACUCAAAAUUUUAGAACCGCAUCUCUAUAGUAAAAAAAAACUCAUUUUAUUUCA